AUGCCACUCAUUCUCUCUGACGGCCAUUCCGAGUCCUCUAAUACGACCAGGAGCAGGAGGCGCAUUGCAGCAUCUCUCUUUUCUGCCUAUUCCUUGGCCGAAAUAUCUAACUACUCUCUCUUCUCGCUACCAAUCUUCAUUCAAGAAAUCGACAAUAAGACAUGGUACGUCCAGGUGGGAAGGGGAGCCGUCCCGGAAAAGUCAGCCGCUGUGGUGGUGCCGAAAUCUACCAGCCUCCUGCUCUCAAUCAAAGGCCAAACAGGUAGUCACUUCGAGAUUGAGGUGUUACCGACGGAUACGGUGGAUUAUCUUAAGGAGAGGGUAUGGGAGAAGAGGUUGGGAUGGCCGCCUGACCAACAGGUGUUGUAUUACACAGAGCGUGGUAGAGCAUUUAGACUCCGAGACGGGAUAACUAUGGCUGGCCAUGGCGUACAUGGAUACGGGGUCCCAAAAAGGAAACCUCAGCAAACCAUGUGCCAAUUAAGCAUCACCUACCACGCCUCGUGCAUCCACGUCACCAUCAAGCCCCUGACAACCUGCCAUCCGCUGUGCCCUGAACCGGUCUGGACCGAGGGGCCGCGCCGCGAUCUCUGCGCCGAGUGCCAGAAGCGGAGGGAGCAGGAGAUCGGGAGGAAGAGGAAAGAGAAGCUGGCCGAGAAGAUGGCCGCCGCCGGCGUUGGUGAUGAGGUGGAUGGGGAUGUUUGGGAGGAGAUUGAGCUUUGA